AUGUCAGCACAUGAAGGUGUUAGUUGUGAUGCUUGUGGUAAAAGUAAUUUUCGUUCAAAGCGUUUCAAAUGUUUAAUUUGUUAUGACUAUGACUUAUGUUCAACAUGUUAUGAACAAGGUGAAACAUCAAGUAAUCAUACUGCAGAACAUCCUAUGCAAUGCAUUUUAACACGCCAAGAUUUUGAGUUAUAUUAUCAUGGUGAAAGAUGUACAGCAGAUCAACCUCAAUCGUUAACAUGUCCAUUUUGUGGUGAUAUGGGUUUAGCAUUUCCAUUUCUUAAUGAAUCAUCUUCAUCAAAUAAUAAUAAUAAUAAUAAUACACAAAAUGGUGAUAUAUUACAACAUCUGCAAAUAAAACAUGCAGAUUAUCAACAAUCACAAGAAGUUAUUUGUCCAAUAUGUGCAUCUAUGAGUAAUGGUGAACCAAAUUUAGUUACUGCAGAUCUUAUUUCACAUAUAGCUAAUGAUCAUCAACAGUCACAAGUCAGUACACCAUCAUCAGCUGGUGGAAGAACGAAUUAUUUAAGACAAUCAUUAUCAACUAGAGAUUAUGAUUUUGGUAUUGGUGCUGCACUUCGUGGUAGUUUUCGACGUGGAUCAUCACGAGCACCUACUCGACGAGGUACCUUAGGACGAGGUGGUGGAUCUGUUAAUCAACAUUUUGUCGUUGAUACUUCAUCAGGAUUAUCUACAGUUGGUGGUGGUCAUGAUCCAAUUGCCGAUCUCUUAACACAAUUAUCGACAGUUCGACGAUUAGCAGCUGCAAAUAAUAAUGGAACUAAUACGAAUAGUUCAUUACCACCACCAACAGCAAAUACAAUCAAUCUUCAAGCUUUUACUCGUCAACAAUAUGAACGUGAACGUCUUCGUGCAAUUGGACGUUCUCAUCAUCAUCAACAUCAUCAAUCACAUCAUUCUCAGCAAUCAACAUCUACAUCGAAUAAUAUAUUAUCUGCUGAAAAUGAUCUUUUCGAUACACUUUUUUCAACAAAUCAUCUUAUUGAUCCAUUCAUUUCAUCAAAUACAAGUGACCAAACAUGGACACACAUUGUUGUUCCACAACCAUCAACAUCUGAACAACAAACACAAAAUUUAUCCUUAAUGAAAAAUCCUAUAAUAACAAAUACAGAAUCUGAUCCUUCAUUAUUACGACGAAUAUGUGAUGAAUCUUGUUCUUCAACUCAACAAAAUGCAACAGUAGUUCAAUCAUUAAAGUCAAAAAAUGAUUUUAUUCAAAAUUUACUUCUCUCUAGUUUUGCUUAUUCAAUUAAUGAUCAGUAA